CAGCAGCUGUGAACGACGCGACCGCUCCCAGCGACAGGAGAUUAGUACAAUCGUCUAUUUUAUUUUUAUGCAUAGCAUAUAUCAAAACAAUCACAUACGAGGACGAAUCAUACCAACUCAACGCUUUCACGGCCGACUGAGAGCCGUCAUUAUUUUUUGUUUUGUUUUAGUUAAAUUAUAUUUUUCUAAACCAAAGUUAUGUUCUGGUCGGCAUCGAUACUUCGCUAUGCGGUAGUACUAGUAGCCUUCGUUUACGUUGUUGGGGACACAGACUUCACCAAUGACUGGGCCGUGCAUGUUCCCGGUGGUGAAGUGGAAGCUAGAAUGGUUGCCGAGGAGCACGGAUAUGUAUUUCACGGACAGAUAGGGAGUCUAGAAAAUUAUUUUCUCUUCAAACAUAGUGAUGUUCCAAGCAGAUCUAAACGUAGUUCUCAUCAACACACCAAACGGUUAAUAGAUGACAACAGGAUUCACUGGGUUGAGCAGCAAUUUGGACGUGAUCGAGUGAAACGAGAUUUCAUAAUACGUGAUGAAGGGAACAGUGACAAUCUAUACAAUGACCCCAUGUGGUCUGGGCAAUGGUACUUGCAUGAUAAACGCCAGUCCACCGACUCACCCAAACUCGACCUACACGUAUUGCCAGUGUGGAAAAAGGGAAUCACAGGAGAAGGUAUCGUGGUGACUGUGCUGGAUGACGGUUUUGAAACCGAUCAUCCAGAUCUAACAAAGAAUUACGAUAAAGAUGCUUGUUAUGAUUUCAAUUCCAACGAUGCAAAUCCAUAUCCAAGAUAUAAUAAUCCCAAUAACGAGGAAAAUAAACAUGGCACACGAUGUAUUGGCGAGAUUGCGAUGGAAGAAAACAAUAACAUUUGCGGAGUAGGUGUCGCGCAUGGUGCCAAAAUUGGAGGUAGUCCUGACCUGACCUGGCGAGACGUACAACACAUCAUAGUAUGGACAUCUGAGCCCGCGCCUUUAGAAGUCCCAGAAGCCAAUGAGCCAACUUUCAAAACAAACAAAAUUGGUUUGAAAGUGGAUGAAGUUUUUGGAUUUGGGCUCCUAAAUACGGACGCCAUGAUUAAACUAGGCUGA